AUGACGAUCUAUGAUCACCUGGGUGUUGGGUUCGGGCCGGCGAACCUAGCGCUGUGCAUUUCACUGUAUGAAAAUGCUGAUGCAAGGGCCUCGCGUUUUACGAUGUGUUUCAUUGAGCGGCAGCCUGUUUUUGCAUGGCAUCCAUCCCUGCUUCUCCCUGGUGCACAGCUGCAAGUAUCGCCGCUGAAGGACCUUGCAACGAUGCGUGAUCCCACAUCUUCGUUUACGUUCCUGAACUUUUUGCAUGAGCACGGACGUCUGAUGCCAUACAUCAACCGAGAAGAAAAAGUGCCAAGCCGCCGUGAAUGGAGUGCGUAUCUUGCAUGGGCUGCUAAAAGAAUGGAUUCAUUCGUUCGCUAUGGCCGUCAGGUCGUCGACAUUGUGCCGAUCGAAGAGAAUGGCUCGUUCUCCUAUUUCCAAGUCGAAUGUCUCGAGAACUCGACGCAAAAGCGCGAGGCGUUUUUCGCACGCAACGUGAGCCUAGGUGUUGGUGGUUGGGCCAACAUCCCGGAUGUGUUCCAGCCUAUGUACAAGCACCCCCUGCCGGCGUCGGAGGCAGUGUGCCGCGUCGUGCAUGCCUCGUCAUUCCUCCCACAAAUGAUGCACUUGGGUCCUGUUCUAAAUGCAACACAACUGUCGUCGCGGCCGCUUCGGCUUGCGGUCAUUGGCGGCGGCCAGUCGUCGGCAGAGAUGCUGUGCUAUCUUCGCCAUCACUACCCACAGGCAGCCCUGGACAUGAUCUUCCGCGCGCCUGCUCUUGUGCCGUCGGACGACUCGCCAUUCGUCAAUGCAGCAGCGUUUGAUCCCUCCAGUGUCACGACAUUCUGGGAGAGCACUGCGAGUCAACGGAGGCGGCAGCUGGCUGAGUUCAAGCGCACGAACUACUCGGUUGUGCGAAACGAUCUGCUGUCGGAGCUGUAUGAGAUCGUGUACGACCAGGAUGUCAACUACCGGGAGCCUUUGGAAGAGGACAUGGGUCUCGUGUGUAUUCUAGCGAGCACGGAGCUUGUGCGUGCUGAGCAGCUGCCUGACGGCCGUCUCCAGAUCGACACGCGCACGAAUGUUGGCGAGCGUCUUGAACGCACGCACACGUACGAUGCUGUCUUCCUCGGCACGGGCUUUCAGCGAGAUCCGGCUCAGCUUCCCUUCGUCCGUACACUCGCAAACCACUUCCCAUUACUGUCGCAACAAGGCAGUGCACAGCUCCGCGAGCAAGAACUCGCUCUUGAUGACCAGGUUUCCCUGUCGCAGGAUCCGGACAGCCUGCGUGCGCAGCUCCGCGGCAUCACGCGGGACUACCGCCUUGUCCCAUCCGAUGCGAGUCAAUGGAAGCUUCCUCUCACGCCGCCAUCAUCAACGAUUCAGCAUAUUCCGCGGAGUCAACUUGGCCGCGAGGGUCGCCGUGAGCCGACUCUGUCUCGCCACAAUGCGAGAUGGCCUCCAGCGUCUUCCACGCAUCCUACCAGCGAGUCGACAUCCACAUCCACAUCCACAUCCACAUCCACAUCCAGUGCGCCUCUGAAGCCGAUGGCUGGUGCAGUCUUUCUCUUUGGCUGCAAUGAGCCGACGCACGGCUUGUCCGACAGUCUCAUGUCCAUGGUGGCCCAUCGUGCCGGCAUUGUGACUGCCUCGCUAUUGUAUGGCAUGCAGGCUCAUUCAUAG